AUGAGGUUUCUGGCAGUGAAUCAGUCUGCUAGUGGAGACCGACUGCUAGUGGAGGAACUGCAGCAGAAGGUGCAACAAGGGAGUCCAAGCAGAGGAAUUGCCUUUUCAGCAGGAAUCACAGCACCCUGCACUCUGAGUGCAGACACAAGCUCAUGCAAGAAAACUCGCAACCCAGAAUGCUUUAUGAAUGUUAGUGAAAUUAUCAGGUAUCAUGGAUACCCCAGCGAGGAAUAUGAAGUUACAACAGAGGAUGGAUACAUUCUUGGUGUUUUCAGAAUUCCCUCUGGAAGGAAUAGCCAAAAUACAGGUAUGACAGUUGUGGGAUGUAAGGAAGGGAAAAAGCCUGCCAUCUUGCUACACCAUGGUGUUCUAGCAGAUUCUAUUCACUGGAUUUCUAACGAGCCUGUGAACAGCCUAGGCUUCAUUCUUGCAGACGCUGGCUAUGAUGUCUGGAUGGGAAACAGCCGAGGAGACACCUGGUCUUUAAAACACAAGACCCUUAAGCCCUGCCAGAAAGAGUUCUGGCAGUACAGCUUCGAUGAGAUAGGAAAAUAUGAUAUUCCAGCAGAGCUGUACUUCAUCAUGAAUAAAACUGGACAGAAGGAUGUCUAUUAUGUUGGUCACUCUGAAGGCUCAACCGCAGGCUUCAUAGCAUUUUCUACUUAUCCUGAGUUGUCUCAGAAGAUUAAAGUAUUCUUUGCUUUGGGACCAGUAGCCACAAUCACACAUGCUACCAGUCCUAUGGUAGCAUUUGCACGUCUUCCCCCAUCAUUGACCAGGUUGUUUCUUGGCUGCAACGGAGCUUUUCACCAGAAUGAACUGACAAAAGGACCUCUAACAUGCUUCUGCGGAUCUCUGGGUAAAGUUUGUGGCAGUAUCUUGUGUCUCUUAACUGGGGGCAGGAUACAAAAUCUGAACACGAGUCGAACAGAUAUAUUUAUAGGACAUUACCCGGCUGGAACAUCAGUACAGAACAUUAUUCAUUGGCAUCAGCUAAUACGUGCAGACCAAUUUCAAGCUUACGACUAUGGCUCUAAGGAAAACAUGAAGAAAUACAACCAGACUGCUCCUCCUGCGUACAAGAUAGAGAAGAUAACUAUACCAACUGCUGUUUGGAGCGGAGGGGAGGACACACUUGCAGAUCCAAAAGACAUGGCAAGGCUACUCCCUCGGAUUACUAAUCUCAUUUACCAUGAGCAUUUUCCUGCAUGGGGACAUCUUGAUUUCCUCUGGGGCCUUGAUGCAGCUGAGAAAAUGUAUAUGAAAAUCAUUGAACUACUAAAAAAACACCCUUAA